AUGCAGUGUUUUCCUAAGCUGCUAACCUUGGGAGGGGACUUACAAGCAACACUUGAGGCGGAGGAGUACGCACAAUACCUUUUCGCUCUUUAUCUACCCUGGCUCGACGCCUACUUUGUCGUUAUGGCUACUUCAAAUGAGGAUAUUGAGUAUCGAAUUAUGAGUUCCGACCUCAAGACGUCGUUGAUGUCUCAUAUGUUUGCAAACAUUGGUGGACAAUUCAAUACGGCAUCGGCGAAUACGCAACGACGGGAGCUUAUCACAGCUGACACAGACGGUGGAAUCAAAGUUUGGGCUCCUCGCGCAAUCACAACUGCCGGGAAUGGCAAAAAGUUUAAAUUGGUCUUGCGAGUACAUACAGCUGUAAAUAUGGAAAAGAAACCCACUUAUUAUCACCUAAGCAUGAGUUUUGAUGGACGGCACAUCUUUGCGGCGACCAAAACAAAACUUUUUCUACUUGACGCGGCGUCUUGUCAUCGUUUGCCUUGUCGUAUAAGCGAGACCAAAAGCACAGUUUCAAGGAUGGAGUGCGGAAACAGCGAUAAUAGUAUUUAUAUCGCCUUCAAAUUUAAUCUGAGGAAAGUGUGUAAGUACGUAUUUGUUGUAAAAGGGGGGGUGGUGCAGUUUCAAAAAGUUGCUGAAUACGAGCACAAUCAAGAGCUCGCAGUAUUUACUGAGAGCAGCGAGUAUUGCAGCAGCUUAUUGGUACUCGACGUCUGUGCAGCUUUCAUUGUCGUGGAUGUUGCCAGUACUCAAUCAGACAAUAGAUAUUCUGAUGCAGAUGUUCAAUCUGAAAAAUCUGCCAUCUCACUGCCGGUCGAUUCUUCGUUAAAACGAUAUAUUGCUCUUCAUACAAUGGUAGCAUCUGACGGGCGAAAUUUUGCAUUCGCUGUUCGCUCAACUGGUUUUUGCAUCUUGGAGCUCGUAUCCUCAAAUAUCCGGGGCCGCGUACCUUGCAAUAAAUUAGGUUGUGAAGUUUCAACAUAUUAUGAGAAGAGCAGUAACAAUAGAGCGUUGAUGGCUUACGAUCACAGAUUUUCAACAACACAAGUGGGUUUUUUUCAAGAGGGAAUCUCGAAUUUUCACUUUGCGUCUAUACCAACACUUGACGUCUCUAAUCAAAUGAAGGAACGAAACAUGUAUCUUGCUGACUAUGUCAUAGCGUCUGAUUCUGUGAUUGCGCUUUAUUCUCACGGGUUGGCGAUAAAGUAUAAUCUAUUUGAUAAUCGCAUAACAACCAUAGCACCACCUUUCCAGUCCUUGGAUACCAUCGCAACAACUCUCGUUAGCCUGCCUUUCAGUGGUUGCAGUUGUGUUGGCAUAGGUGAUUCAAGUGGGGCAGUCCAAAUUUUCGCUAUAUCAAACGACACUCAAGAAUCUAAUUACUGGAUCUCCAGGAAACAAGUAUACGCCAAUGAUAGAGUCGCUGUUCUGAUCAAUCUCACCGACACUAUACUUAAAAGCCAUAAGAAUGUUGAAUUCUCGAUUCUUUCUGUCAGUCGGAGAGGGGAUGUGCAACGUUGGCAGAUAAAAAAAGUGGAUGCGCCGUCAAACCGUAUUGCCGAUACAGAUUUCAAGUGGGACUUACUUGUCUGCUUUCGGACCGAGGCACAAAAUGUUUCGACCGCAACGAUUAAGCUCCCCGAGUUUUUGUUUUGUGGAUUCGACGGCGGUACAAUUGAAUGCUGGAGGUUACCGUCCGAAAAGCAAAUUGAAGCUUCUCAUUUCCAGCAACGACCUCCAUUUCGUGUUUCUGUCGUAAAACGAGUCCUUCAUGCCAUCGAUUUGCAUUCGACAUCCGUACUCAAAAUCCUUUGUGAUUCGCAAACUGAAAGAAUUAUUAUCAACGAAAGGCUGGUCACUAAAAGCUUUUCAUGGGUUUUUUCGUAUGACAACGAUGCCACCAUUUUCAUCUGGAGUUUUUCGCUCGAAUUCUUUUUUCCGCAUCGGCGAAUAAAGGUGCAUGACUUCAUAAAAGACAUUUUUAUAUCUCAGACUGAUAGAGGUCUGAACCUCUUUGCAUACAUUGAUCGUUGCGUCGACCGAGUCGAUCACUUAGGUUUAGGUGACAACGAAGCUGUUAAACAGCGUCUUCAGCGAGCACAACUUUUGAAUCAGCGUGAGGUGGAAAGGCAUGAAACUGGCGGCAUAAGGUCUGAAGGGCAUUUCCGAGCGUCUUCGUUUACUGAAGACGCAUCUGAUGAGAGUCAAAUUGUUCAUUUGGACGUCACAUUGCCUGCAGUUGAGUCGGAGGUUACUACUCCCCAACAUCCAUGCCCAGGAACAUCUUCUGCUAAAGCUUUUGCUGGAUUAUUUGAGCGAGCCUCGACAUUGAUUGAUUAUGAACAGGUAAAAAAUCAAACCGCACAGAUUGGUUGUGAUACCUUGCAAUGUAUUCAAAGCUUGUCUACUAUGCCAAGAAUGGAUCAUUCGCCGACGGAAGGUGAUCCAUACCACACACGGUAUGAUUCCUCGCAUGACUCUUCUCAAACACCUCGAAGCAAAAAUCAUGACGACAAAAACAUAUAUAAGCGAGUUCAUGUACGUGACACAAAAGCCACAUAUCGCCCAGUGAAGAACUCUGUUCCAAGCAGUUUUCAGCGAGCAAAACCUCGAGUGUACCGAACUUUUGUCAAUUACUUGCAUUCCCUUCCCUCGCAAACUCGAUGUGCUGUCAUAUCGACUGAUCGAGUAGAUGGAGAAACUUCGAAUACGGGAGGCAUGGACGACGACUUGGCAAGGAUUGCAAUGCCCAGUAGUACAAAAAUCCUACACUUUGGUGUGCAAGACAAGGUCUCUGUGGUUUCACUCGUUGAAGAUGAGGAAAGAUUUUUGUUAGACUUUCAACCUGAACUUUGUCGUGGAAGCAAGCGAGCUUCAGUCGCUGAAAGAACUGGUGAGAACUCUGAAGCUUCGAAUUCUUUGUUAACGUUUCCAUUUAUGUCGUUGGACCUCUUGUCGAAUCAUGACCGACAAAUAGAGCUGAUGGCAGCGAGUAAAUCGAAAUGCAUUCGAGAAAUCGCAAAAAGAGAUGACGUCGCUGUGCCAGCUUUGGAGGCUUUUGAAAGUCUAGACAUAUCGGUGCAGGUAGGAGUACUAUCAUUCACAAGGUGGUUCACAGCCACACCAAAUCACCAGCGCGUUCGAGAGCACUUUCUUAUAGAAGAGUUAAAAUUUGCAGCCAUUGAUCCAUUCAUUCAUCUCGAGCUAGCACAUGCUGGCCUUUCACCUCCCGAGGCCCAGCAUGUUGGACAGUCAACUAGCGCAUGGCUGGAAUUUGUUUCCUGGUAUUCGUGUGGUCUCAACACUCACAGCCAGGCCAUUUCCUCCGGGUUAGUACAGCGUAGGCGUGUUGAAGCGCGAACAGAGUAUUUGAAACUGCGACUGAAAAUUAUUAGCAAAUCUGAGCGAGAUGUUCAGGAAGAAGUGAGAGCGGGGCUCCGCAAAAAAAAUCGCGAGCCCUCCCAGCAAUUUUUCGUAUUUGAGCAUUAUGACAGGCGCUCACUGAUCGAGACGGUUAGCCUGCCAGCGUGGGAUGAUACAAGUCCAGAAAUUCGACUUAAAGAGAUUGCAUUAGCAUUAAUGGAUCCUGUGGUUCAAUUUGCUGCUAUGAGGAAUGAUAUCGAGCUCCCAGAUGUUUCAUGUAUAGACGAUUUGGACACCUUAACGUUAGCUGAAAAGUUCAUGCCGUGGUGGAUAAUCGCUGAUAACAUCCACCGCCGCGACUUUUUGAUACGCGAGGCUCUUGAAGCAUCGACAAACAAAGCAAUCCAAACGAUGUUGUCACGGGAGCUGCUUGCCGAGAACGUCAAAUUAGCCCAUGAUAGCGAUGAAAUCGUGCAGAACUUUAUUCAAGUGUAUCAUAAUUCUAACACAGCGCGGCACACAUUUCUAAAAAAGAAAAUGUUCUUCUUCCGACGUCAAAGUCGAAUUGCUAGUGUUGCUCAAUAUGGUAAAUUUCCAGCGCCACUGCUUAUUGAAACAUUACCUCUUCCAUUGAUGACCACUUUUGCAUUUAAUGAACAAGCCAGCGUGGACAAAAUCGACAUUGAUACUUUUACUGUUGAUCGCGAGGAAUCCAAUAUGGCAAUUGAGGUCGAGCUCGUGGAGCUGAACACUAGUUCUCCCGAAUAUCUGCGAGAUGAGAUAUCGAGAGAGAUGAGAUGUGAGGCAGCAGUUAUCUUGCUGGAGCUGAUGGCGAUGGCACACGAAGAAAGUAUGUCGCGUGUGUACAUUAAUGGCAUUGCUCAGAGUGAAGAGGACAUCCAGACACGACUCCUUCCAAAGCGAGCUGACUUUACCCGAUCGUACUUUUUUAGUGAUCUGCCUCAUCCGAGUCCCACUGAGGCUUCAUCAAGCUGGCAGGUUGGUAGUGGUGUUGAUAAUGGAGACGAAGAGUACGAAGAGAAGCAGCUGCAAGAGCAAGAAUUUGAGCACCAGCGCCUGCUGGAAGAGCGAGAGACAGAAAGGUUUGCACAGCUCGAACGACAAGCGAAGAAAGCGAGACUUGAAAACGAAGAAGACGAAAAAUUUGCUCUGUCUCAACGGAUAAAACAAGAUGAGCUGAGUAAAGUAUUGCUGCAUCAGGCAGAGUUGGAAGCUAAACGUAAGGAGCUACUUCAAAUUGCGCGUGAGGAUAGUGAGAGAAGCCAUAUGAAGGAAGAAGACAACUAUUCGAACUGGUACCUCAAUCAGCUUCUUCGGAAUCAAAAUGGGAUGCAACUUGAGGAUCAGUGCUGUUUUCCGCAAAAAAAUAGCGAAUUAUGCGAAGAUGCUGCUUCGCUAAUUCUCCGGCUACUUCACGAGCAAGAUCUUAUGGUUGCAGAGGAUCAUCGAUCCAAACAAGUCUUUAAGGAGCUGCAAAAGCUCGAAAGCCAGAAAAUUGAGCGUACUACUUUCUUGUCUGAGCUUAAAUCACCAUUCUGUCCAUUCUACCAAAGCUCGGAAAUCCCAUCAGAAACGUUCCUUCCUCGCAUGCAUUGGAAACUGAAAGCAAAAUCAGGACGAACAUGUCUAAAGCCAGCGCGAGCCUAUACAAUACCAUUUGAGGAGGCACUAGUUUUUGAUGAGUUGAAUCAAGUGCCGUACCUAGCACGAGACUCAAGAAGAUUUCAGCUUCUCAUUGGAAUGCCAUUUCGAUCCACAAACACUUCAAAGCGUUCUCGAUUUCCGACGGCUGAUGCCAUCAUCGCGACGCAACAGCAGCAACGUAAUCUAGUCGAGUCAAAUGAGCAUCAGAAAACGACCACCAUGACCAGGAACGAUCGAUUACUCACUCAGAUUGACAGCUCAAAUGAACGCAUUCGCUUACCGAGCAUCACAGCAAUUAAAAAUUCAAUGACUAGGCAGGCGAAACGUCAAGAAGAUUUCAAGUCGCAAGGUGCAUCAGAUUCCUCAAGAAAGGAGCAAGCCAAAAAUAUUCAGCAUCAACAAAACGAGCAAACCCAGUCGUUGCCCUUUUUUCGAGGAAACAUGCUUGUUCGAGGCCGCGGUGAACGAAGAUCGAGUCAUUACACUUUUAAUUUCGAGCCAUCAAAAGAAUAA